AACAAAUGGACUACUCUUGGGGUAUCACAGUCCAACUGCUACUCUUUGCAAACUUUUGGGUCUUGGGAGCCUCUUCAUCUGCUCAAGACAAACAUUUUCUUCAAUGUCUAACCGAUCAGUUUGAACUCUCAAACUUAGAUCCAUCCAACGUUGUUUAUACACCCAACAAUGCAUCAUAUGCUUCUCUUUUGCUAUCACCAACACAAAAUCUUCGACCACCAUCAACCUCCCCCAGGAGACCCCUUCUCAUCAUCACCCCCUUUUAUGAACUUGAAAUCCAAGCAGUGAUUUACUGCUCCAAGAAACUUGGAGCGCAUAUUAGAAUCCGAAGUGGCGGGCACGACUAUGAGGGACUUUCCUAUACAUCUGGGGUUCCUUUUGUCAUCUUAGACAUGAGGAACUUCCGAUCAAUAUCAGUUAAUACACAAGACAAAACUGCAUGGGUUGAAGUAGGCGCCACACUCGGGCAAUUGUACUAUACAAUUGCUCGACACAGCAGGACUCUUGCUAUCACGGCAGGCAGUUGCCCGACUGUAGGCGUCGGAGGGCAUUUCUCUGGCGGCGGAUACAGCAUGAUGUCCCGCAAGCACGGCAUUGCCGCAGAUCACAUCAUUGAUGCCAAAUUGAUCAACGCUGAUGGCCAGAUUCUGGACCGCAGGUCCAUGGGUGAGGAUCUAUUUUGGGCCAUUCGAGGAGGCGGAGGUGCUAGUUUUGGUAUAGUUCUCGCCUUCAAGGUGGAGUUAAUUACUGUCCCCGAAACUGUAACUGUUUUCACCGUCACCAGAACGUCGGAACAAAAUGCAACCCAACUGGUCGACAGGUGGCAGUAUGUUGCUGAUAAGAUUGAUGAAAAUCUUCUGGUCAGGCUUUUCUUGAGAAGUAUCAGGUCCCCAGUACAUGGAAACAGGACGAUACAAGCUUCUUUCACUUCCUUAUAUCUUGGUGGAGUUGAUGAUCUGCUGCUAAUAAUGCAAGAAAAAUUGCCAGAGCUUGGUCUGGUGAAAGAAGAUUGUACUGAAAUGAGUUGGAUAGAGUCCAUACUCUAUUUUGUACAUAUGAAAAACGAGUCCCUUGACAUUUUGCUGAGCAGAAAUCCAAAGGGCGUUUAUAAGAGUAUUUAUUUCAAAGGUAAAUCAGAUUACGUGAGACAUCCCAUCCCUAUAAAUGGCUUAGAAGGGAUAUGGAGACUUCUUCAUGAAGAAGAUGCAAAUAGGGCUGAACUACAGUUUAAUCCAUACGGAGGGAUAUUGAGCACUUACUCAGAAUCUGAAACUCCUUUUCCACAUAGCGCAGGUAAUAUAUUCAUGAUCGAGUAUGUUGUUUGGUGGACCAGUCCAGAAAAUAGUGAUUUAGAAAGACACGUGGACUGGAUCAGGAGACUGUACAGUUACAUGUCCCCUUAUGUCUCGACAAACCCAAGAGCAGCUUAUCUAAAUUACAGGGAUCUUGACUUAGGCAUCAACAGCCAAGACAGCACAAGCUACACACAAGCUAGUGUUUGGGGGCUCAAAUAUUUUGGGAAUAAUUUCAAUCGACUGGUUCGUGUGAAGACUAAGGUUGAUCCCUCCAACUUUUUCAGGAACGAGCAAAGCAUUCCACCUCUAUCUUCACAUUACAAUAAAGAUAUUCAUCUCUGGUCAUCAUAA